CUGUGUUGACUGUCAAAGUCUCAAGGUACUCAGUGUCCGGAAGCUCCGAGUUCGGACUGAAGUUCUGCCCACCACCCUGCAGAUCCCCCGGCCCGCCGGUGAGUCCCGAACCAUGAGCGCCGCGGGCGUCCUGUCCUUUGCCCAGCAAGGCUGGGAGCAGGUGCUGGCCAAAGUGAAGUGGUCCGUGGUCUACCUGGACGCCGCCUGCGCCGAGAGCCUGCACUGGAGCUGCGGCUCGAGCAGGCUCCUGGAGGCGGUGCAGGGCCCUGCAUGCUCCCUGAGGGAAUUUGAACCCGGGGCCAUCGGCGGUGGAGCCGAGCAGCCCCGGGCGGUGUUCGUGUUGAGCUGUCUGCUGAAAGGCCGGACGGUGGACACUCUCCGAGACAUCGUUCGCCGCAGUCACUUUCAGUACUGUGUGGUGGUCACGGCCGUGAGCCACGCCGUCCACCUCACUGCUAACCACGUACCAGCGGCCGCAGCGGCCGAGCUGGAGGGGCAGCAGCCGGUGUUCGAGCAGCUGGAGGAGAGGUUAUGUGACUGGAUGGGCAACGUGAACUACACGGCCGAGGUGCUGCACGUCCCUCUGUUGCUCGCCCCUGCUGCUCCCCACCUUGCCUUCACUCCCGCCUUUGCUACCCUUUUCCCGCUACUACCUGGGGAUGUGCAUGUCCUUAAUAGUGCCAGACAGGAUAAGAGGAAGCUGAGCAGCUUGGGGGAAGUGGAUGCCGCUGCCCUGACCCCCGAGCUGCUGCUGCACAUCAGAUGCCUGGUGUCAGGCCUCAGUUCGCUGUGUGAGCAUCUUGGGGUACGAGAGGAGUGUUUCGCUGUGGGGUCCCUCAGUCGGGUCAUCGCUACGGAUCUGGCAAAUUAUGCCCCUGCCAAGAAUAGGAAGAAGACCUCUACCGGCCGGGCUUCCGUGGUCUUUGUGGAUCGAACUCUGGAUCUCACAGGAGCGGUUGGACAUCAUGGAGACAACUUAGUAGAGAAGAUCAUUUCAGUGCUUCCACAGCUUCCGGGCCACACCAACGAUGUGAUGGUCAACAUGGCAGAGCUCACCGCUGUCCAGGCCACGGAGGAAAAUCAGAACGUGAUUGCACCAGGCUGCCUUGCACAAUCCAAUGACACCUCAGCCAAGGCCCUGUGGGAAGCCUUACUGAACACCAAGCACAAAGAGGCAGUGAUGGAAGUUCGGAGACAUCUAGUGGAAGCGGCCAGCAGAGAAAACCUGCCCAUCAAGAUGAGUAUGGGGAGAGUCACACCAGGGCAGCUCAUGUCCUAUAUUCAGCUCUUCAAGAACAACCUCAAAGCUCUUACAAAUCAUUGUGGGCUCCUACAGCUUGGGAUGGCCACAGUUGAAACUCUGAAGCACCCACAGACUGCCAAGUGGGAUAACUUUCUGGCAUUUGAAAGGCUUCUUCUACAGAGCCUUGGCGAUUCAACCAUGGCUGUUGUGCUUAAUCAACUGCUGCCUAUGAUUAAGUCCCCAAGCCAGAGGACCAGCGAGGACUACAGCCCUGAGGAGCUGCUAAUCCUCCUCAUCUACAUUUACUCUGUCACUGGAGAGUUCACCCUGGACAACGACCUGAGAGAAGCUGAAGAAAGGGUGAAGACAGCAUUGGCCCACGUCUUCUCUGAGGAGUCCCAGUUGUCACCGUUGCUGCAGAAGAUCACAGGCUGUGACUCUGCAAUUAACCUGACAUUUCCCAAAUCCCAAAACUCUGUGAAUGAUGUCUUCACGUCUCUCCAGGAGAUUGCCAGAGCGAGGACUCUCAUGAGACAGUUUAAGUCUGUGUAUGUUCCUGGAAAUCAUACCCAUCAGGCAUCCUACAAGCCAUUGUUGAAGCAGGUUGUGGAGGAAAUAUUUAAUCCUGAGAAGCCAGAUCCCGUUGACAUUGAACAUACAUCCUCAGGCCUUACUGAUCUCCUUAAAACUGGAUUCAGCAUGUUCAUGAAGGUGAGCCGGCCCCAUCCCAGUGACCAUCCCCUCUUGAUCCUCUUUGUGGUGGGCGGCGUCACAGUCUCUGAAGCCAAAAUGGUCAAAGACCUCGUAGCAUCUCUGAAGCCAGGAACCCAGGUGAUGGUGCUGUCCACAAGACUCCUGAAGCCACUUAACAUUCCUGAGCUGCUCUUUGCCACUGACCGGCUGCACCCAGACCUUGGCUUCUGACAUCUAAGAGGAAGAUAAGACCGGUUUGAGCUGUAAAUACCAAUACCCAUCUGUCACCAUACCAGAUAUGUCUCCAAAGCCAGUGUCCAUGUCACUAAUUAUAGGUGUAUGACUUCAUUCUGCCGGAGAGGGCCUCAUGGCCAGCAGAAGACAGUAUGUUUGGACUGCUCCUGUUCUUCAAAAGCAAAAUAAAGACUUGCGUGUUCAUUUCUCUUCUAUAGGUGUCAAGCUGUCUUUAGCUGACUUCACCUCAGUCCCUCUGAUCUCUCGUCACCUUUACUGUAGUCUUCCUGGAGUCACCUAUGAGUCCCUUAGCUCUGAGUAAAGUCUGUCUGCAAGUGGUGGCAGGGACAAGCAUUAUGGUUCUAAGUUAGUCAAGGAAGGUUAAAUGUCCUUAGAAUUCCCUGCGUGAGGAAAGCUAGGUUGUUCUUGUGUAUGGAAGUGAGGAAGGGAUGUCACAGACAGAGCCUGAGACUUUGUUUCUCUCUGACUCCAAAACAUUUCUGAAAGACAAGAAAGGAAGGGGUAGACCCGCCUGGGCAGGACUAGCCUGGUGGCCUCCGUGAAUGGUAAAUCACCCCAAGAGUGACAAAGGGCUGCUUUGUUCCAGCUGGUUCAAGGAUGAGGGCAGACCCACUACUUGGAGCAGCAGUGGGAGAGACAAAGAGAGGGUGGCCGGAGGGCCGUCCUUGCUGCACAUGGUUUCUCUGGCCCAGAGGAAGCCCCGUGUGGAAGAGGCUCCCACCCAAGGAGUCUAGACUGGAAACACAACUCCCACAUGGCCUUUGUGAUUUCAAAUUCCUACUGAAAUCGAAAGCCUCCUUCUGGGAUUUUAUAUUUUCUUUCUGGUCAUAGCAGAAAAACCCAGACGCAUCUAGUGAAAUUAUAUGAGAACUCUAGGGGAAAGGAAGAAAGAACUGCUUGGAACCCAGACACCGCUCACGGGGACAUGGCCGGUGGGAGCUCCUGGCGUGAGUAAUGGAUGUCUGAAAUGAGACGUCGAAAAACAGUUUCUCGUGUGGAUUAAGAAGGAAGACAAAAUAAAAUGUAAGCCAACACAUGGCUAUACGUUUUAUUUCUCUAUUAAAUGCUGUCCUUUUAAGGAAAUAGAGAAAAAACUGCAAAUUUAGAAUCAUUUUUGAGGUGAAUGAAGCUGAUUUUUGAAACAACACGUUCGUUUUCCACCCAAGUGUGCUUCCUACCUUCCCUGCUCUUUGAUGGUGCUCAACUAUAAGGCAACUCUUUUUUAAAUCCCGCUAAGCUAAAAGUCUUACAUUUGAAUGAGAAAAAAUGGCAUUAGCCUCAAAGAAAUAAUAUGUAUGCAGGGAUA